ACUUUGCGCACACCGACCGAAACAUUUGACUUUAGUCAAGUUUAGCUUCCAGCGUCUCCACUUACCGACUGGUUGACCAUGUUCAACCAAGCAGAAGGAGAAGACGUAGAAUAGAGGGGCCGGACUGGAUGUGACUCAUGUGAAUUAUGCCUCUGUAGGUGAUUUACUGACUGGGAGUGCGCUCCUCCGGGCUGUGGUGAAUAUAUGGUUGGCUCGAACAGCCGCAACAUUUGUGUCACAAUUUGCUUCGGUGGAACUAGUUCGUACCCGCUGCGAUGGAGAGCCGCACGUUGUUGACAUGGAUUCUGUCGUGUUUGCUCCUGCGGCCGUCGGCUGCACAGAACCCCGCACCUGUAGGAGUGCUGAACUGCUGUGAGGGUGAUGUCCUGUUCCUACUGGAUUCCUCGGGGAGCGUGUCGUCCUACGAACACUCCCGCAUGCUCACUUUCCUGUCUGAGCUCCUCGUCCCCUUCUCGCUGGGAGACGACCAGGUGAGGGUAGGACUUCUGCAGGUGGGCACCCAACCACGCCUCGAGUUUGGCUUUGACACCUUUAGCACGCAAAGUGGCCUCCAGGGGGCUUUGAAAAACAUCAAACCUCUCAGGGGGGAUACCAACACUGUGGAGGCACUGAAAAUGGCGAAAGACUGGGUGCUGAGACCUGGAACGGCAGACGGGGCCCGGGUGGGACUCCCAAGAGUGCUGGUGUGGUUGACGGAUGGGGUAAAACCAGGGGAUGUGAUUGGACCAAUGGCUAAGCUGCGGGAGGAGGGCGUGGCUGUGCUGGUGGUCUCCACUGGGCAUGGCAACUAUCAAGUGUUGAGGGAGGUGGUGAGCCCACCUGUGGUAAACCACCUGUACUUUGUGGACAUCGAUGAUAUGACCAUCAUCACUGAGGACCUGCGGGAUGCCAUCAUUGAGAUAAUCCGUGCCGAACGAAUCCACGUCAGUGAUGUCUCCACCAACUCUGCCACACUCCACUGGAGACCUGUUCUCUCUGGUUCGACGGGCUACUACGAGAUCCGCUUUGGUCCGGUCCUGACGGGAGGCAAUGGAGGUGGCGAAGGAGGUGGAACUGGGACCAGUCCGAGCACCGGUGGUAGUCAUUACCAGAGACUUACCCAAUCUGCCGACUCCAGCACUGCCAGACUAACAGGCCUGAAGCCUGACACCACCUAUUCUGCCAUACUGACCCCAGAGUCCAAUGAACAAGCGUUUAACACACUCUUUGUCACCUUCACAACAAAGCCAGAGUCGCUCAGCCCAGCUGUGGUAAUUGUCUCUGAGUUGGGAAAAACCAGUGUUCGGGUGAGUUGGGGUCCUCUUCAGCCAGAGACAGUCACAAGUUACUACAUCGAAUACUCCGCCCUGCCCAGGGGCAAGCUCCAGGCUGUCACAGUGGGCAGAACGCAAAACUCUACUCUCCUCAGAGACCUACAUCCAGAUACCACCUACUUGGUCACCGUUACCGCCCGGCACGCCUCGGGCAAGGAGACAGCCAUGUCUGUCAAAGUGUGUACUCAAGAAGUGACUCCAGCCCUGGCAGACCUCCAACUGACCACAGUGGGCAGUGACUCAGUGCAGGUGGAUUGGAAGGGCAGUGUAGCUGGUUUGAGGGGCUACUGGCUCACCUGGGAGGGACAGCAAAGCUCUGUCCCUGGCCAGCGCUCCUCCCUCUAUUUCCCACCCGACUCUUUUUCAACGCGCCUCACACACCUUCCCCCAUCAGCUAGAGUGUGUGUGUCACCCAUAUACCGGACGGCGCGGGGGGAGGGACUGUGUUGCACGGCACAGUUUCAUUCAGAUACAUUAGCAUAUGGCUACCAAUCAUAGCACUCCUGAACUGCAAGUGCACCUUACCAAACAUGGAGGGGCGAUGGUGAGAAGAAUGCUGACUUUCAUUCGUUAUUCU